UUGCUUCACAAGAGAAAAUAUCCUAAUAUAAUAGCAAAAAUGUAAAAAAAAUACAUGAAAACAAAACAUAGUAGAAAUCAAACAUUUGUACGCCUGCGGACAGUUCCUGUGUAGACUUUUGAAAAGUCAUACCUGUCAACGUGAAUGAUAUAAUACAAGUAGUGAGAUGCGCACUGUAGUCUAAUACAUUGGAUUUUACGACUGUUCAUUGGUGGACGGUUCUGACUGUUUCCCUUUAUUUUGAAAGCGCACGCAGAAGUUUCUGCUUUCAUUACCGCCAGCUUAGUUGUGGUCAGCGGCUACUCAGCCGCGGUCGCGCAGCAUCAGAGUGCGGAUCCUCUUGUAGAAGGGAAGGCGUGUGAAACCGUUGCGUCGUCACACGUUGACGAAACGUUGCUGCUGUAUGUUUUUUUUUUUUUCCUCCUCUCCUCGGCGAAGCUCCAGCUAGAUAAAGAGCUCCCCGCCUCCUCAGCCAACAUGGGUUAGACGCGCCGCGACCCGUGGAGUGUCCACUUUGUGCACUUGAAGCGAGGAUGGGGCGAACCGGGCUUGUUUUCGCGAAGACAUCCUGACAAAGACUCCGACUGCGAGGGAACACACGUUUGGAAAUCUUUGAUUCUUCUUUUCGACUUCUAUUGUUGGACCCACGUCACCAGCGUGAGAGAUGUUUGCAGAACUGCUGUGCAGCGCCGUGGCUCUGGUCCUGUAUGUCAACACUCUGGGAGCAGAUUUCUGCUACGAUGACAGCCGUGCAAUCAAGACCAAUCAGGACCUGCUUUCAGAAACACCCUGGACAAAUAUCUUCUAUGACGACUUCUGGGGCACCUUGCUCACACACAGUGGCAGCCAUAAGUCUUACCGCCCCCUCUGCACCCUCUCCUUCCGUCUCAAUCAUGCUGCUGGUGGGCUGGAUCCUUGGGGUUACCACCUGGUCAAUGUCGUAUUCCACGGGGCAGUGACUGGCCUUUUUACACGGCUUGCUCACCUGCUGCUUGGAGGAGGCUUAUGGACCCUCCUGGCCGGCCUGCUAUUCGCCUCUCACCCCAUCCACACAGAGGCAGUGGCGGGUGUUGUGGGCCGAGCCGAUGAAGGAGCUGCCAUGUUCUUUUUGCUGUCCCUGCUGUGUUACAUGCAUUACUGUAAGCUGCGGGGCAACACUGGAACACUGCGGCUUGUGGCUUGGUUCCUUGGAAGUCUGGGCUGUGCUGGAUGUAGCAUGCUGUGGAAGGAGCUAGGAGUGACUGUGCUGGCCUUAUCGGCUCUCUAUGACGUCUGCAUUUUGCAUAGGCUCAAACUCCGACAGGUUGUCAUGCUUCUGUACAAGAGAAAUAAUGUCCAGCUGCUGCUGAAUGUAUUUCUGCUGGCAGUCUGGGGGGCGACCCUGUUGGCCGGCCGCUUAUACUGGAUGGGUAACAAGCCCCCAAGCUUCUCGAACUCUGACAACCCAGCAGCUGACUCCCCCUCCCUCCUCACCAGGACACUGACCUUUUUCUACCUGCCCGCCAUCAACUUUUGGCUUCUCCUCUGCCCCAACACACUCAGCUUUGAUUGGUCGAUGGACACCCUACCUUUGAUCAGGAGCCUAGCUGAUUGGAGGAACGCUUACACGCUCAUCUUCUAUUUGGGAUUGCUGUUGCUGUUUUGGUUCAGUGUUUGGAAGCAGCCAAGACCUAAAGGCAAGGACAGUAAUGGUAAAGCUCAUGUGUUUACUAAUGGGAAGAAUGGGAACAGCAAUGGGCACAGUUACCCGAAUAAUGAACAUGGACACGGGAACAACUCUUGCAAGAAGACUUACAGUAAUAGUUUACAGAAUGGCACCAAAAAGCUCUAUGAGAGCAGGACUUCGCUGCCCACCACAGAAAAUGUUGUGCUGUUCUCCCUUGGGCUUUUGGCUAUCCCUUUCCUCCCCGCCACAAACCUCUUUUUCUACGUAGGCUUUGUAAUAGCAGAAAGAGUACUCUACAUCCCCAGCAUGGGAUUUUGCCUGCUGGUAGCUGUGGGUUUGAGGUCUCUGUAUGUCCGACUGAGAAAGAGGUCUUCAAGGACCUUGUUGGUUUACUGCAGUGCAGCUGUGAUUUUCCUUUUUGGUCUUAAAACUGUUUUGAGGAAUCGGGACUGGCGGAAUGAAGAGAUGCUCUACAAGUCAGGGAUUUCUGUCAAUCCUGCUAAAGCGUGGGGCAACCUGGGAAACGUCCUGAAGAGCCAAGGGAAGAUGGAGGAGGCAGAGCAGGCGUACAGAAAUGCUCUCUUUUACCGCAGCAACAUGGCUGACAUGCUGUAUAACCUUGGUUUGCUGCUUCAGGAGAGCAACAAGUUCUCAGAGGCGCUUCACUAUUAUAAACUGGCAAUUGGGAGCCGGCCAACUCUGGCCUCGGCCUACUUGAACACAGGCAUCAUCCUGAUGAAUCAGGGUCGCUUGGAGGAGUCCAGGCGUACCUUUCUAACUUGUGCCGACAUCCCAGACGAGAACCUGAAGGACCCCCAUGCCCACAAGAGCUCGGUCACCAGCUGCCUGUACAAUUUGGGGAAGCAGCUUCAUGAGCAGGGGCAACAAGAGGAGGCCCUCUCCAUCUUUAAACAAGCAAUACAGAAGAUGCCAAGGCAAUUUGCACCGCAGAGCCUCUACAACAUGAUGGGAGAGGCCUAUAUGAGACUAAACAAAGUGACUGAAGCCGAACACUGGUACCGAGAGUCCCUGCGAGCCAAACCGGACCACAUUCCUGCACACCUCACCUAUGGAAAACUCCUGGCUACUACAGGGCAGAAAUCAGAAGCAGAGAGGUACUUCUUGAAGGCUAUCCAACUGGAUCCCACAAAGGGCAACUGUUACAUGCAUUAUGGUCAGUUUUUGUUGGAAGAAUCACGACUGCUGGAAGCGGCAGAGAUGGCACAGAAAGCAGCGCACUUUGACAGCGGGGAGUUCGAUGUGGUCUUCAGUGCUGCUCACAUGCUCAGACAAGCCAGCCUGAAUGCAGCAGCUGAGAAGUAUUAUGGACAAGCAGCAAACCUGAGACCAAAUUACCCUGCAGCCUUGAUGAACUUGGGAGCUAUCCUGCACCUCAAUGGGAAACUUCAAGAAGCUGAAGCCAAUUACCUCCGAGCACUGCGCCUCAAACCAGAUGACACCAUCACCCAGUCCAACUUGCGUAAGUUGUGGAACAUCAUGGAGAAACAAGGCCUGAAGACGACGAGCCCUUAAACUCCUGUUGUCGGCCUCCUUGGCACAUGGAUGACACUCCUGCUCAUUUUGCUGACAUGGUGGAGACUCAGGGAGGAUGUUUGCAAACAGUGAGGUCUUGAUGGUUCCCUAACACCCUCGUUAUGGCUCCCGCGUAUACCUUAACUUUUGACAGAAGCAUUGUCAUAAGUUUGGUAUAAUUGUAGCUCAUGUUUUUCUAACUACAGCACUUGAAGUUUAGGUAGUAAUGUGGUUCCACCCUUUAACAUUAGGAAUGAUUUUGAAGAAGUGAGAUGGUGUUCUCUAUCACGUGUUAAAAUAUGUCAUCCCUCAGUACAAGCCGACAGGAAGGAUGCUCAUAAAAAAUGCUACCCAGAAUGUCAGUAAAUAAUAGUUGAAGUUAAACUUCAGAAGUGACAUUAUAGUAUGAAGAAAAACGGAAGGUGGGAUGUUUUACACUUGAAAAGGGAAUUAUUUAUUUGCUGUUGCAGCACAAUAGAAGCCUCAAAGUGUUAAAUAUAGUAGAUCUGUUGACAAUUACAAUUUCUAGAUUCGGCUUGACAAUGUAAAAGGGAGAAGAACUCGGGACUUGUGUGAUAUUUAUUAUGCCUUCUGAUAAAAUCAUUGAGACUUUUUUUUGCAGUGGAUGUGACACUUCUACAGAAAUUAUGUCUUCAUCGAACAAGUAGGGAGCUAUAAAUGGAAAAAUGAAUUACGUUGCCAUGGAAGUUGUAAACAAUUUAAGGACUGAUAUGCGAGUGUGGGUGACACCACCUCCCAUACAUGUCAGAUGCUUUUAUUUAAUACAUAAAUAAGUGAAGGAGUUAUUCUAACCAAAUGCAAACCCUAUCCUUAACAAUCAUGACCUUUUUUUUUUUUUAACAUCGUAGGAUGCAAAGACUGAAGCAAUGUUUUCAUCCAUGUCUUUGUAUUGGACUAAACUAAUUUGAUGUUUAUAUAAAAUGAAUCCUAAUAUAUACCCAAAUUGUGUAUUUUAAACAGAAACUCUUACAUAAACAAAAAUAGUCUGGGAAAAGAGAGUAAUUUGCUGGAUUGCCUCCAUUUUUUUUCCUCAUCUUGUUACAUUUUUGUCUUAAUGUUGUCAAUGUUGUAGAUUUUUCGUAAAUCGCAUCCUUCUGUGAAUGAUCACUACAGAAUUGGUGAUAUAAUCUUUGCGGGUCACUUAUCAUGAAAUAUCAGUUGCAAACUUUUAAGACUAAUAUACCACUUUUCUACUGCAUCAUACCAGGUGGCUAAGAGUGAUUUGUUUCCACACUUCAAAGCUGAACCCAAAAAAAAAAAAAAAAAACGGGGCUCAUUGAAAGCUAAUCAGAACGAGAUAAGCUAACUAAAAUAGAGGAAAAUGGUUGUCCAUUGUAUUCUCGUCAUUUUGGCCAUUUUCCAGAGAUACAUUUCAUUCCAUUUUGAGCCUAACCCUUAAAUUGUAAAGUAUUGUCGUGUUACUAUAGCAACAGAACCAGCUGGCACUGUGUUUUACAUGCAUAAUGAAGAAAUGGUUACAUGUUUAUACCUUCAUUGAUGUUAAAAAUAUUUGAAGUUAAGAUUAUGAGCGGUUUUGAAUGUGGUUAGCUGAUCUUUGUCAUGUCUUUUUGGUGAUUUUUCAUAAGCGUUAAUGUAAAGUGUUUCCAGUCACAUUCCUUCCCAGCUUCACACACUCUGUAGUCACAAUGUUGAAUUGUUAUUGUACAGUGUUUUACAGCAAAGUGCUGAUUGCUUGAGUCAAUUGUCCCACUCUGUGUCACAGCUCAGGGAUCUCAAGCAGUGCAUUAUUGCAGGAAAAAAAAUCUACACAGAGCUAAAUUAUAGAUUUAUUUUUGAAAGUUGUUGUAUUUGUAUAUAUUAUUGAGAUUUGUAACAUUUUUGUCCUUUUUUAAAAAAAAAAGUCUCAUAAUAGAUCCUUUCCUUGAUGUUGCU